AUGUCAUAUAGUGGUGUUGAAGAAGGAUUAUUAAGAAGUGGGCGUCCUAAACUUCGAGUGUUGAUCACAAAUAAUUCCAUGAGCAACCAACAAAAAAUUGUCUUAAUUCGUGAAGAAGAUGGAUUAACAAUGAAUUGGCCGUUUAAGUUUGAUGUGUCAAUCUUUACUCUAUCAACCAAAGUAAUAUUAUUUUUAUUUUCAAUACUUGGUACGAAUCGAUCACUUUGA